GAUAUUGAUGUAAUAGUUAGAAGUUAGUAGUAUUAACUGACAACAUCUAGAAGUAGUGGUACCUAAGUGUAAUUAGAUUAAGUUAGUAACUAACUAAGGCAGUUAGUUGUUAUGUAAUAUAAAUAGCACAGUUGUAUAUAUAAAGCAACACAAUUCAUUCUUCUUAAUUCAAUCUCUCUUCACUGAACCUUCUUCCUCAUGAACUCUCAGUUUUCAUGAAUGCCAUUGAUGAUUCUAACAUGGUAUUAGAGCUAGGGUUAGGAAAUUGACAGAUUGAGACUCGAUUUCAUUCGAUUUGUUCAUUAUUUUCUUCGAAUUCAAUAGACAAAACUACUUGUGGUGAAGAAGCAAUUUAGAAAUUGACUUCAUCAUCCAUAAAAGUAGCUAAAAGUGUGUUCGAAGUGCUCGAAUUUGUGUUCAAAGUGCUCGAAUUCACUGAAUUUACUGUUCGAUAGAAGUUUUUCAAUCAAUUUCUUAUCGAUCUACAUCAAUGGCGGUCGAGAAUACAGAAACUAAUAGAAGAACAUCUGGAACAACUGCAAAUGCAUCUGGUGGUGAUAUGACGGUAAUUGAUCAUCGGCAUCCUUUGUUUCUACAAACAUGUGAUACUCCAGGUAGCUCUCUCAUUUCUAUACAGCUAACUGGUUCCGACAAUUAUGCAUCUUGGAGUAGAUAUAUGAGACUUGGACUGCUAGGUAAAGGUAAACUAGGGUUCAUUGAUGGAAAAUUUCCAAGAGAUAAGUUUGAUUCAUCUUUACAUGAUUUAUGGGAUAAAUGUAAUACAAUAGUUCUCUCAUAGAUUAUGGUAUCUGUUAGUAAGGAAUUGCUUAGUGGAUUAGUAUAUGCAUCUAAUGCACAGAAGGUUGGAAUGAUUUGAAGGUGAGAUUUGAUAAAGUUGAUGGCUCUCGAAUCUUCUACUUACCCAAAGAGAUAGCAACCCUAACACAAGGGAUUUCUUCUGUUGCAAUAUACUUCUCUAGAAUGAAAGAACUAUGGGAGGAGUUUGAUUCACUGAUGCCUUGUCCAGGGUGUCCUUGUCCUGAGUCUAAGACAGAUGCAGAACAUUUUGAAUAUCAAAGACUAAUGCAAUUUCUAAUGGGACUAAAUAAGUCAUUUAAUCAGUGUAGAAGUCAAAUUAUGAUGAUGUAUCAUGUACCUAGUGUCAACAAAAUCUACUCUCUGGUUGUUGCUGAAGAAUGUCAGAGGAUUCUAGGAAAGUCCAACUCUGUUAAUAGUGGAGGUGUAACUGAUGGAAUGGCCUUCUAUGAAGGAAAAAACAAUAUGAAUUUUGGUGGAACUAGUGGAAAACAAAGCAAUGCAUCAUCUGAGUACUUUGGAGGAAAGAUGAAUAGGACUCAUGGUGGGGGACAAGCUAACAUGACAAACUAUGGUGGUGGUCAAGGGAGUAUGUCUUAUGGUGGAAAAGGAAACAUAGCAUCCAGUUCAGGUCAAAGUCAUAUGACACAGAGCUCAAACUUCAGAGCUAAGAAGGGAAAUCUAUUUUGUGAGUUCUGUAAUUGGAAAGGAUACACAAGGGAAACUUGCUAUAAGCUGCAUGGUUACCCUACUGACUUUAAGGGCGAGAAAGGAAUCAAUACAAUUAAUACAAUCCUGUUGUUGCAAACUAUGCAGGAGGCUUCUUUGAGCAAGGUAGAGGUUACAAUCCUGUUGUUGCAAACUAUGCAGGAGGCUUCUCUGAGCAAGGUAGAGGUGGAAAGUUCUACUCUAGUUUUGAUGGUCACUGUAGUCAAGUUCAAAUGUGUGGUAGCAGUUCUGGAGGUCAACCAAGGACUCACACAGUUCCCUCAGGUCACUUCUUCACUCAAGAGUAGUAUUUGCAGAUUCUUCACCUGCUAGGCAAGGAAUAUGGCACUGAUCAUGGUGCUGACAAUGAAGUAAGAGCAACAAGUAUGAUGCAUAACUCUAACUUGUCCAUUGAUGAUGAUAAGUGGAUAAUAGAUUACGUGCAUCCAAGUAUAUGGUGAAAGACUUAAAAUUGUUAAGCAAUACUAAAUCAGUAAGUAAAACUAGAGGCAAGGUUCACUUACCAACAGGCAGUUUGGCUAAAGUAAGUCAUAUAGGGUACUCAAAAGUGCUACAAGGACUUGAGAUCAGUAAUGUCCUUCACAUCCCUGAGUUUAAGUACAACUUACUCUCUGUGUCAAAGCUCACAACAGAACUGAGUUAUUGUGCUUUAUUCUUCCCUGACUUCUGUCUUUUCCAUGACCUUUUCAAUGGGAAGGUGAGGGGGAUUGGAAGACUUGAACAUAUGUAUAUGUCUUGUAUGCUGAUUGUCAGCUGAAAUCACAAGGACCUCAGAUUGGUGGACCUAGAAGUCCUACAGUUUCUUCUGUUGUAAAUACAAUAAAACCCUCUAGAUCAAGUGUGUCACUUUGGCAUAAAAGAUUAGGGCAUGUUUCUUUUACAACCCUAAGAAAACUAAGUUGCUUUAAACAUGUAUCAUUGUCAGAUUCUGAUAAUCAUUGUAGUGUCUGCCCUUUAGCCAAGCAAUCAAGACUUCCUUUUCCUGUGAGUACUUCUAAUUCUACAAAUUAUUUUCAACUGUUGCAUGGUGAUGUUUGGGGCCCAUAUGAGUGCCAACCUAUAAUGGAAAAAGAUAUUUUUUAACCUUGGUUGAUGAUUUUUCAAGAUACAUAUUGUUGUUCUUGUUGAAUUCUAAAUCUGAAGUAGUAGUUGCUCUUAGGAAUUUUCUCACUAUGAUCAAGAAUGUAUUUGGUGCAUCUGUCAAGGUGUUGAGGACAGAUAAUGGAUGUGAGUUCUUCAAUUCACAAGUGACUGAGCUUGUCAAUUCCUUAGGUAUUAUCCAUCAAAGUUCACGUGUUUACACACCCCAACGUAAAUGGGGUGGUAGAAAGAAAACAUAGAUCUAUAUUUGACACAGCUAGAUCAUUAAGAUUUCAAUCAUCCGUUCCUUUGAAGUUUUGGGGUGGCUGUGCUCUAACAGCAGCUUAUUUGAUUAAUAGAAUUCCUUCUCCUGUGCUUAGGGCAAAACUCCAUUUGAAAUUCUCUAUGACACAUCACCCUGCUUAGAUCACAUUAGAGUUUUUGGGUGUUUGGCAUAUGCCACUCAAGUGAGGAAACAUGAUAAGUUCUCUUCUAGAGCUAUCCCGUCUGCGUUUGUUGGCUAUUCUUCACUUCAAAAGGGUUAUAAACUGUACAGUCUUCACACAAAAGAGUUUCUUAGUAGAGAUGUGGUCUUUAAAGAGGAUAUUUUUCCUUAUUCUUAGAUGACAACUUCCAGUGCACCUUUGUUUCCAGUCUUACAAUUCACAGGUACACCAGAGGUUUCUUCUCCUAUUAGGAUUCCUGCUGAUAUGCAUGCCACUUCAUCCUCAUCUGCAUCUGACAUAUCUCCUGCUAUUCUUGGAGAUGAGUUGCACCAUGAUGAUCAGCCACCUGAUGUUAUCAAUGAGUUACAUAAUGAUAGUCAAACACCUGAUACUACUUCUGCUUGUUCUAAUGCACCACUUGUUAUUUCUGCUCAUGCUCCUGACAAAAAAAGAUCCACCAGACUAAGCAGACCUCCAAUUUGGCAUCAAGACUACAUUACUAAGUCUUCUGGUUCAGAUGUUUGUCUUCUUGUCUCCAAUCAUGUUGGAUAUCAAUGUCUUUCACCUACUUACAGUACUGCUCUUUCUUCCUAUUCAGCUAUCAGUGAACCUCACUCUUUUCAAGAGGUUGCUCUUGAUCCUAAAUGGGUAGAUGCUAUGAAAUCAGAAAUUGCCGCCUUGGAAGAGAACAACACUUAGAGUAUUGUUGACUUGCCACCUAGCAAGCACCCCAUUGGAUGUAAGUGGGUGUUCAAAGUCAAGUACCUUGAUUCUGGUGCUAUUGAAAGAUACAAAGCCAGAUUAGUUGCCAAGGGAUUUGCUCAAAAAGAAAGGCAGGAUUACUCAGAGACAUUUUCUCCUGUGGCCAAAAUGGUCACUGUCAAGUCUAUUAUUGCUAUUGUUGCUGCUAAAGGCUGGUCAAUUGCUCAAAUGGAUGUUUACAAUGCAUUCUUGCAUGGUGAUUUGGUGAAUGAUGUAUAUAUGGUGAUUCAUCAAGGAUUUUGCAGACAGGAGGAGCAUGGUAAGGUCUGCAAAUUAAACAAGUCAUUAUAUGAUCUUAAGCAGGCUCCAAGACAAUGGAACCUGAAGUUGACAGAUUCUCUAGUACAACUUGGAUUUGUUCAAAGUCACUAUGACUACUCACUCUUUACUAAGAAAGAAGGUGGUGAUCUGAUAGUAGUAUUGGUGU